AUGGCUGACAUCAAGGCACAUUUGCUCCCCUUUUCUGUGGAUAAAGAAGGAACCAUCAACACCAAGCAGUACUUUAAGUACGAAAAGAAUGAAGCAGAUGAGCAGUACGAAACCAUCAUGAUGGGCAGAAAGUUAGUGGGCCGUUCAGUUGCUUUGAAUGACAAGACACAAUGCCUAGUCUAUGAAAAGAUGUCCUCUGACAGAUACCAAGAUGAGGAGGAUGAAGAGAUGGAAGAGACAGAUGACGAAGAAGCGCAAGAAAAGAUGCCUUCUUGGACAAGGACGGAUAAAUCCAUUCAAGAGUUCAUACUGUGGAAGAAGGAUACAGCACCGAAUGCCCAAGAUCCACGCAUCAGUGCCCUCGACAAAUGGAUAGACAUAUCAAAGGCUAUCCAUGAACCCAUUCCUCUGCCAACCGAUGUAUAA